GGGAUUGAAUCUGAGCGGUUAGUGACUGCAGGGCGGCUUGGUGGUGAUGUUUGUCCCAGGCACCAGUUCAAGCCCUCCUAGACCCCCCACUUUAGGCCUCUCAAUGCAGGUCAUACAGUAAUGAAUCAUCCCUGCUGGUUCCCCUUCAAGUCCUUGACCCACAGAUGAGGACAUGAUGGUAGCUUUAGACCAUUGUGUUUGUAGUUUGGGGCUAGGCAACUCCUGGAUCUAACACGGUCUGCAGAGACCUACAUGGGGCUGGCUGGAGGUUUAGAGAUAAAUGAUGCCUUAAAAUCCUGGGAUGGGGGAGAACUGACCUGGACAGUUUCGCCUGAGAUACACAUGGCUAAAGGGCUUCCAGGAAAGUGCGGCCUGUUCUGUGCUUGAUGGAGGCAGCAAUGUGCCCCUUUCCCCCAAUUUCCACCCCGUGCUCACAGCUGCCUGAUAGGUGCCACCCAGAACCUGAGAGAUUUGAGCUCUCCUCAGAACCUUCUCAGACUGUCUGGGUGAAGCUCAGCCUGGACGCCAACCCCUGUCUCUGUCCCAUCCUUUCACCCUGUGACUACUCCCUCAUCCAGGAGAUGCUAGAGCCUCCAGGGACAAAAGUCGCAGGGAUGGCCUUCACACAACACUUGACCCACACGGGACACCUGGGAAAGGCAGCAGACGGGACCAUAGAGCGACUCAUGGACAGAGGUCAUCAGAAUCCCAGGCUCUCCAGACACCCUCGUGGCCCUCAGAAUGCCAAGUGGCUCCUGUGCUUCUCAUUUUGUGACUUUCCAACCAUCUCCAGAACCAGCUUCAACCAACACCCUCCACCAGACUCACCCCACGGGGAGUGUCCGAGGACAAGUCUCGGGGGACCCGAGGUUGAGCCCUGACCGUGGAAGCCCCGAUGAACAGCAUCUGGCCCCUCUGCACGUCUCCCGAAAGGACAAUUGAAUGCAAGCAGAGUCAGAAAGCUUGGCUAGAAAAAACCUUUUGCAAACGAGAAUGUGUCUUUGUAAUUCCCAGCACUAAGGAUCCCAACAGGUGCUGCUGCGGCCAGCUCACUCACCAGCAUACCCCGCCUCUGCCGAGUGUCACCGCCAGCAGGGAUGACGAGGGCGCACAGGCCGAGGCCCAGCCGGAGAAGUGGACUGUGGGCAAGCACACGCAGAGGGCCCCGACCGACUCAUACGGCCUGCUCGAGUUCCAGGGGGGCGGCUCUUGCAACAAGGCCCUGUACAUCCGCGUGUCCUGCGACACCAAGCCAGAUUCGCUGCUUCAUCUCAUGGUGAAAGAAUGGCACCUGGACCUCCCCAAACUCUUGAUCUCGGUGCACGGCGGCCUCCAGAACUUCGAGAUGCAGCCCAAGCUGAAGCAGGUGUUCGGGAAAGGCUUGAUCAAGGCUGCCAUGACGACAAGCGCCUGGAUCUUCACGGGGGGUGUCAGCACAGGUGUCAUCCGGCACGUGGGCGACGCCCUGAAGGACCAUUCCUCCAAGUCUCGAGGCCGCGUGUGUGCUGUUGGGAUCGCCCCGUGGGGCAUGGUGGAGAACAAGGAAGAUCUGAUAGGGAAGGGGGUGGCCAGAGUGUACCAGACCAUGUCCAAUCCCCUCAGCAAGCUCGCGUUACUCAACAACUUCCACACGCACUUCAUCCUGGCCGACAACGGCACACUGGGCAAAUACGGGGCUGAGACAAAGCUGCGGAGGCAGCUGGAGAAGCACAUUUCCCUGCAGAAGAUCAACACGAGACUGGGACAGGGUGUCCCUGUGGUGGGCCUUGUGAUGGAAGGGGGUCCCAAUGUAGUCUCCAUCGUGUUGGAAUAUCUCCGAGAAGACCCUCCAGUCCCUGUGGUGGUUUGCGAUGGCAGUGGACGCGCCUCGGACAUCCUGUCUUUUGCACACAAGUACUGUGAGGAAGGCGGAGUCAUCAAUGAAUCCCUCAAAGAUCAGCUCCUAGUUACCAUCCAGAAAACAUUUAAUUACACCAAGACACAAUCGCACCAGCUGUUCACCAUUGUACUGGAGUGCAUGAAAAAGAAAGAGCUGAUCACAGUGUUCAGGAUGGGCUCCGAGGGGCAGGCAGACAUGGAGAUGGCCAUUCUCACUGCCCUGCUCAAAGGAACAAACGCAUCUGCUCCGGACCAGCUGGGCCUGGCACUGGCUUGGAACCGUGUGGACAUAGCACGGAAUCAGAUCUUCGUCUUCGGGCCGCACUGGCCGCCCCUGGGCAGCCUGGCCCCGCCUGCAGAGAGCAAGACCCCCGAGGAGAAGAAGCUUCCUGCCGCAGCCAAGGCGGGCAGAGCCAAAGGGAAGGGCAAGAAGAAAGGGAAAGGCAAGGAAGAAGCUGAGGAGGAGACGGACCCCCGCAAGAUCGAGCUGCUGAAUUGGGUGAACGCUCUGGAACAAGCCAUGCUGGACGCAUUAGUCUUGGAUCGGGUGGACUUUGUGAAGCUCUUGAUUGAGAACGGGGUGAACAUGCACCAUUUCCUCACCAUUCCGCGGCUGGAAGAGCUUUACAACACGAGACUGGGACCGCCAAACACUCUCCAUUUGCUGGUGAGGGAUGUGAAAAAGGGCAACCUGCCCCCUGAUUACCACAUCAGCCUCAUCGACAUCGGGCUGGUCCUGGAGUACCUCAUGGGCGGGGCUUACCGCUGCCGAUACACACGCAAGAGCUUCCGGACCCUCUACAACAACCUGUUUGGCCCCAAGAGGCCAAAGGCUCUCAAACUUCUGGGAAUGGAAGAUGAUGAACCUCCUGCCAAAGGGAAGAAGAAGAAAAAGAAGAAGAAGGAGGAGGAGGUGGACAUCGACGUGGAUGACCCUGCAGUGAGCCGCUUCCAGUUCCCCUUCCACGAGCUGAUGGUGUGGGCUGUGCUGAUGAAGCGCCAGCGCAUGGCCGUCUUCCUGUGGCAGCGUGGUGAGGAGAGCCUGGCCAAGGCCCUGGUGGCCUGCAAGCUGUACAAGGCCAUGGCCCAUGAGUCCUCGGAGAGCGAGCUGGUGGAUGACAUCUCCCAGGACCUGGACAACAACUCCAAGGACUUCGGGCAGCUGGCCGUGGAACUGUUGGACCAGUCCUAUAAGCAUGAUGAGCAGAUCGCCAUGAAGCUAUUAACCUACGAACUGAAAAAUUGGAGCAACUCCACCUGCCUCAAGCUGGCUGUGGCCGCCAAGCACCGGGACUUCAUCGCACACACAUGCAGCCAGAUGCUGCUCACGGACAUGUGGAUGGGGAGGCUUCGAAUGCGGAAGAACCCGGGCUUGAAGGUGAUCCUGGGGAUACUUCUUCCCCCCACCAUCUUGCUUUUGGAAUUCCGCACCUCUGAUGACUUCUCAUACCAAACAGCCAAGGAAAACGAAGAUGGCAAAGACAAAGAAGAGAAUGUGGACACAAAUGCAGACGCUGGCUCCAGAAAGGGGGAUGAAGAGAAUGAGCACAGGAAGCGGAAAAGCAUUCCCAUCGGGACGAAGAUCUGUGAAUUCUACAACGCGCCCAUUGUCAAGUUCUGGUUCUACACUAUCUCCUACCUGGCCUACCUGCUGCUCUUCAACUACGUCAUUCUGGUGCGGAUGGACCGCUGGCCCUGUCUGCAGGAGUGGAUCGUCAUCGCCUACAUCCUGAGCCUGGCCUUAGAGAAAGUUCGAGAGGUCCUCAUGUCAGAACCAGGCAAACUCAGCCAGAAAAUCAAAGUCUGGCUGCAGGAAUACUGGAACAUCACAGAUCUUGUGGCCAUCUCUACAUUCCUGGUCGGCGUGGUCCUUCGCCUGCAGCAGCAGCCGUACAUGGGAUAUGGCCGGGUGAUCUACUGUGUGGACAUCAUCUUCUGGUACAUCCGGGUCCUGGACAUCUUUGGGGUCAAUAAGUACCUAGGGCCCUACGUCAUGAUGAUCGGAAAGAUGAUGAUCGACAUGCUGUACUUUGUGGUCAUCAUGCUGGUGGUGCUGAUGAGUUUUGGGGUGGCCCGGCAGGCCAUCCUGCACCCCGACGAGGAGCCCUCGUGGAAGCUGGCUCGGAACAUCUUCUACAUGCCAUACUGGAUGAUCUAUGGGGAGGUGUUUGCCGAUCAGCUAGACCUCUACGCCAUGGAAAUUAAUCCUCCUUGUGGUGAUAACCUGUUUGAUGAAGAAGGCAAAAGGCUGCCGCCCUGUAUCCCGGGUGCCUGGCUCACUCCUGCCAUCAUGGCCUGCUACCUCCUGGUCGCCAACAUCCUGCUGGUCAACCUGCUCAUCGCUGUCUUCAACAAUACCUUCUUCGAAGUCAAGUCAAUAUCCAACCAGGUGUGGAAAUUCCAGCGCUACCAGCUGAUCAUGACCUUCCAUGACCGGCCAGUACUGCCCCCGCCCAUGAUCAUUCUCAGCCACCUCUACAUGAUCAUUAUGCGCCUCAGUGGGCGCUGCAGGAAGAAGAGAGAAGGCGAGCGGGAUGAGCAGGAUCGUGGGCUGAAGCUCUUCCUCAGCGACGAGGAGCUGAAGCGGCUGCAGGAGUUCGAGGCGCAGUGCAUGCAGGAGCACUUCCAGGAGAAGGAGGACGAGCAGCAGGCCUCCAGCGAUGAGCGCAUCCGAGUCACCUGCGAGAGAGUUGAAAAUAUGUCAGUGAGGUUGGAUGAGAUCCAUGAAAGGGGAAAUUUCAUGAAAACGGCCCUACAGAGUGUCGAUCUGCGGCUCUGUCAGCUGGAAGAGUUAGCGAACCGCACAGUGGACACGCUGGGAAGCCUGGCAGGGGUUGACCGGGCUGACCUGCUGCCCACGCGGUCCCGAGCCGCCUCUGAGUGGGACGUGACUUUCCUUCAACGGCAGAGCAGCCUGGGCAGUGCCGAUGGCUUCAGCCUGUCCCAGUACCAUUUAAGUGGAGAGGAGGCGAGUGAGGAGAACCCUCGCUCCAUGCCUCCAGGGACAGGCUCCCACGUCAAGGAAGACAAGGACCUGAAAAUGCAGCUGGACCCCAAGGGACCUUCUAGCCCCCUGGCCAGUGCCAGCACUCCAGCCCCAGACCACAGUCCACUUGCCUUGGACCCUGGCAAGGAGGCUUUGGAGCUCAAUGCCGGUUCCAAUACGGGGAACACUGCUAAAGACGUGGAAAGGCAAGCUGGGAACCCCGAAAGAGAAAUAACUCUUCCCCCAAGUUUCCAUCCAACCCAGGCAACAUGUGGACAGAACAAAUUUGACUUCUCAAACCCUCAGUUUGCGGUGGGAAGCGAUGGGAUGGAAGGCACACUGGUCCACCCCCCGGGAGAGACAAAGCUGCCUCAUUUUCACCCGGAGGAAGCACCGAGGGCUCGCAGAACCAUCAAGUCCAGAAGCUUUGCAUAUUCCCGGGGAAGAAAGCUGGCGGGUGGGGUGAAGACACGCCCCACAGCAGCGUGGAAGUGUCCAGUGCAGAAGGUCACCCGCUCACGUAGCACCGAGAGCUUUGUGUCUGAAGCUGAGACUCUCACCCCGAACAUUUCCCGUCUGUGCGCAGCUGAUGCACACCCGCUUGGGAAGGAAAACUCACUGUCUGUGAAAUCCGGCCCAGCUCUGGGCUUCUUCACUUCCAGGUCCAAGAGCUUACAUGGACAUCUGAGGAAGGGGCAAGCUUUUCAGGGUGGAGGAGGCAGAUCCAGGCACACAGGCAGUGCAAGUAAUUUAGUGGUGGUGUCUGGAAUUGCCCCAGAAGAACAGAAGUUUCCACAAGAGAAAACUUCGGAAUGCUAAUGGGGUUUGAUUCUUUCACCAGCCACUCCGGUGGGCCCAGGGCCUUUCUGGUCAGCUAAACAUCACCCACUUCUGAAAACAUCUUCAUUUUAAAAAUCUUUGAAAUUAACAACUUAUUAAGUGUUAAGGCACUAGCGAAAUACUUUGCUAACUGAUUUAGAAAAUUUAGGGGUUUUUUUUUGGUGGGGGGAGGGCUUUUUUGUUUCUUUUCUUAUUUUUUGCUUUUUAAAGUUGGCUUAGGAGCCGAUGAGAGAGACGUUUCUUCAAUUGAGGUCAGCUGCUUAAUUAGUAUGCAAGAUUCUACAAUAUAUUUCCUGGGGCUACCAAAUUGCCUAAGAAAUGACUUUGACUACUACAAAUAAGCUAUUCAAUGGAGGGGACAGCGGAUGGGACAAAUUGAAAUUAAAGCAGGAACAAACAUGUUAAAACAAAAGAAGGAGGCUGAAGGAGGGCGGGGGGAUUAAAUUAGGAUGGACAAGGAGGCCCAACCUUGGAAUUUUGUGUUUCAAUGUUUUCAAAAGUUUUACACAAUGAAAACAAAAGUGCCUGGCCACUACUGAUGGCACAGAGAUGGUGACUGUGGAAGGGCACCAAGAGCUUUGUUAGUGCAUUUAGACACCAGCUUCCACCUCCCUGUUGUCAAACCAUGGCUGAGGUCAAGCACAAAAUAUUCAGACUGAGCAAUGGCUGGAACACGACUGUGCUGGAUCACAGGCUGCCUGCCCCAGAGCCACAGAAAGGCUGUUCACAUCCCAGACUGCAAGGCUUGGAGCUUCCAAUUUAAAACUUUAAAUUCGAGAGACUGGAGAAAUGCAUUGGGUCAGCGCCUCUCUUGUAUGAUGCCAGCCCUGGUUCGAUCCCAGCACAGAGCGUGGAGGAAGCUCUGAGCA